UGGCGCUGCUGCACUGCCCUCUAGUGCAGUAGAGCGAAAACAUCCAAGAUGGCGACGUUGGUGGCGAACCUGGCUCGGGCCCGCGUCCUUCUGGCCAGAAACAUAGCGGAGAGAGGCCUUCCCUCGGCCCGCCAGGCCGUUCCCGUGCGCACCAAGAUCACCAACUCCGCCGGGGCUAUGCUGCCGGAGCCCUACAACAUCCGAUUCGGGCUGGCCAAGGUUGUCGCGGUGAUGGUUCCGUUUAUCUACGUGGGCGCAACCAUCAGCCGCGAGGGAGCCGCUUUUCUCGAGGAAAACGACAUCUUCGUUCCGGAUGAUGAUGAUGAUGACUAAGCCCGGCACCGUGGGCCAGGUAGAAGAACCACAAGGGCUUUCAGUUCCACCAUCAUCAGUUGCCAUGGAAACUGCUGCAUCCACCAAUCACCUGGCUGCUUCCUGUUGUCAUGCCAACUGCUGCACUGAAGCGAAUCUGCCGUGACUAAAUAUGACGCUACUUGUACAAUACUCCUGCAAGCAAUAGUAUUUAAUAACAAUCAGAACUACAUUUGUAUAUGGACUCUGCAUGUUUGCUAUGUUAUAAGAUUUAUUGAAAAGGCAAAAGAGUAACACCUUGUAUCUAUUAGCGAAGUAGAACUGUAUGUAGAAUAGAUUUUAACACACUGUUGUGUGAUGUUUUAAUAACUGUUUUUAGAUUUUUUAGAGGUGAUGUUACUAAAGUUUGUCACACCUUGGGCCCCCGUAAGUUUGUUGGUUGGUUCCCAGACUGUCAAGACAGAAAUGGAGACAUGACAAAGUUUGAAAAAUGAACCAAGCAGCAAACUUAUCUGUUCUUUAAAUACACAGAACGAUUCCCCCUUAGUAUCCACAAAUCCCAAUACCCCCCCAACCCCAACCCCAAUAUCGAUAUCCUGAAUACCCCCCGGACUACCCCCUCCCCAACUACAACCCACACCCCCCUCCCCCUCCACCAGAGCUUGUGUACUAUAGCAGACUCCUCUCCUCGGUACUGAGAUAUUGAGUUAAGAACUGAUGUAACUAUAGGGAUAAUCCAAGCUCGGAGAAUACGGGUGCUGACUGCAUGCCUGUUGUGUUAUACAUUAGACUGUAGCUGUGAUGUGAUGUGUUUACUGUAGAGGAGAAACACUGGGCAGGACUGAGCUGUUUUCUACUGGGCAGGACUGAGCUGUUUUCUAGAUUCAUUUCUGACAACAUUUUGGAUGUGAUGAAGGCCAGGCAGUGUUUGCAAAAAAAAUGUACUUUUGGCACACAGUAGAAAUGAUGGCACAACAAUAGACUGUGAAACUGAAAGGGAUACUCUAGAAGUAAUAAGGCAGCAAGAGGUAAAUAUUUAGAGAGACAAGUUGACUCUGAACUGAACCAUGCACAAACCGGCACCAAGAGAUAAUAACACAACAAGCGACUGUAAAACGACACUGCAGAAAUGAUAGCACAACAACUGUUCAUGGCACACCCAAGUUUCAGGGGUUCUGAUCUGGCCCAGUGGCCCCACAGUACAACAGGGACAGGACAGAUGGCUGUCCAGUGUUUGCCAAUGUCAUGUUACAUGUAUAUCCACACAGAAGGCAACAGCUGACUAUAGACUGUACUAAGCUGCGGUGGUGUGAAUAAAACUUCUCUGGUUUGUCCACACAAGUUUA